UCCUGUCUCAAUCCAAGCGUCGCCGGGAGGUGGAGGCGGGGGGUGGGGAUGAACUAGCCAAACCUUUUGAGGUCCGCUACUUCCCUCUGUCCUUCCUGCCAUUAAAGGAACUCAAUGCAUCCGUCAAGUCUCUGCUCCUCCCGCUUCUUCCCGCUCCUCAUCCUUUCCAAGUCAAGGUCAGGCGCCGGUCAGAAGUCAGUAGAAGCGCGCACACUGGAUGCCUGAUUGACAUCCCGUAGUGAGUUCUCCGGCUGUGGAGCUGUGGAGGCAGAGCCUGGAAUUUGGCAGGGUUGGAGUAGAAGCGAUUCAUGAGCUUCAAAGUCCCCUUUAACUCCGAAAGACUGCAGGUCAGCGGCAGCAGGUUGACUGGCGACAUCAGCGUCCAGCAAUGAUCCAGGCGGCACUCACUACUCAAAACUAAAAGUGGGGAGAGAUCGGGUCAGCUUUCGGUAUUAUAGAGUGACAGCCACUGAGACAGACCCUAACUAAGUCUGUCUUAGUGCUUCCUGUUUCUCACGCUCUGGAUUUUAACCUCUAGGGCUCUUUGCGUGCACGCCUCCUCCGCCAAUAAAAGCAAGGUUCAUCAGUCACUCUCAACCAAGAUAAAAUAUUAAUUAAGUAUAUCCCUGUAGACGCUCUCUGGUUUGCGCCUGAGAAAAUCCCAGGAGAAAAGGUCAGGAUUUGUCCCCCGACCCUUAAACAUCUGAGGGGGUCUCCUAUUUUCUAUAAAUCUGACUGUGGUGAAGUCUGCUUGUUACCUUUUUUAAAAAGACUUCCAGAAGCUGUGGCCUGAGAGUUAGGAGCUAGGCACAGUUAACAGCGAAGCCAUGGAAGCAGCUGAGAAAGAGGAAAUCAGUGUUGAAGAUGAAGCUGUGGAUAAAACCAUCUUCAGAGACUGUAGCAAGAUUGCUUUCUAUAGGCGACAGAAACAGCAGCUCCCCAAGAAAACCACCUACCAGGCAUUGUUAGGCUCAAUCACAGCAGAACAGGACAGCACCAGGUUCCAGAUCAUCAGUGACGCAACCAAGACUCCUCUCCUGGCUGAAGUUUAUGGUAUAGAGAAAAACAUUUUCAGACUUAAAAUCAAUGAAGAAACCCCACUGAAACCAAGAUAUGAAGUUCCUGACGUCAUCACUAGCAAGCUAGGAACUGUAAGGCUGGUCUCAUGCUCAGGGGAUACUGGCAGCCUGAUACUGACCGAUGGAAAAGGAGAUCUGAAGUGUCACAUCUCAGCAAACCCAUUCAAGAUAGACUUGGUGUCUGAGAACGAGGCUGUGAUCAGCAUCAACUCCCUGGGCCAGUUAUACUUUGAGCACCUACAGACUCCUCACAGGCAAAGAGCUACCCAAGGGAACAAGGAGAGUGCUCCAGCUGACACCUCUCAGGAAAAUCAAGAGGACCUAGGCCUGUGGGAAGAGAAAUUUGGAAAAUUUGUGGAUGUCAAAGCUAAUGGUCCUUCCUCUGUUGGUUUGGAUUUCUCCUUUCAUGGGUUUGAACAUCUCUAUGGGAUCCCUCAACAUGCAGAAUCACACCAACUUAAAAAUACUAGGGACGGAGAUGCAUACCGUCUUUAUAACCUAGAUGUCUAUGGAUAUCAAAUACAUGACAAAAUGGGCAUUUAUGGUUCCGUGCCUUAUCUCCUGGCCCACAAACAGGGCAGGACUGUAGCCAUUUUCUGGCUGAAUGCCUCAGAAACACUGGUGGAGAUCAACACAGAGCCAUCAGUUGAGCACACACUGACCCAGAUGGGCCCAGCAGCUGCCAAACAAAAGGUCAGAUGUCGGACUGAUGUGCGCUGGAUGUCAGAGAGUGGAAUCAUUGAUGUUUUUCUGCUGACAGGACCUACACCUUCUGACAUCUUCAAGCAGUACUCUUCCCUCACAGGUACACAAGCCAUGCCCCCUCUUUUUUCCCUGGGGUACCACCAGUGCCGCUGGAACUAUGAAGAUGAGCAGGAUGUGAAGGCAGUGGAUGCAGGUUUUGAUGAGCACAACAUCCCAUACGAUGUCAUGUGGCUGGACAUAGAGCACACCGAGGACAAGAAAUACUUCACCUGGGACAAAAAGAGAUUCCCAAACCCCAGAAGGAUGCAAGAGCUACUCAGGAGCAAAAAACGCAAGCUUGUGGUUAUCAGUGACCCCCACAUCAAGGUGGAUCCUGACUACUCAUUAUAUGCCAAAGCCAAAGAACAGGGCUUCUUUGUGAAGAACCCAGAAGGUGGCGACUUUCAAGGAGUGUGUUGGCCUGGUCUCUCGUCUUACCUGGAUUUCACCAAUCCCAAGGUCAGAGAGUGGUAUUCCAGCCUUUUUGCUUUUCCUGUUUAUCAGGGAUCUACAGACAUCCUCUUCAUAUGGAAUGACAUGAAUGAGCCCUCAGUCUUCAGAGGGCCAGAGCUAACCAUGCAAAAGAAUGCCAUUCAUUAUGGGAACUGGGAACACAGGGAGCUUCACAACAUCUACGGCUUUUAUCAGCAAAUGGCUACUGCAGAAGGAUUGAUUCAGCGGUCUAAAGGGAAGGAGAGACCCUUUGUUCUUUCACGUUCUUUCUUUGCUGGAUCACAAAAGUAUGGUGCUGUCUGGACGGGAGACAACACAGCAGAAUGGAACUAUCUGAAAAUUUCCAUCCCAAUGUUACUCACCCUCAGUGUCUCAGGGAUCUCUUUCUGUGGAGCGGAUGUGGGUGGCUUCAUUGGCAACCCUGAGGCGGAGCUGCUGGUGCGUUGGUACCAGGCUGGAGCUUACCAGCCCUUCUUCCGUGGUCACGCUACCAUGAACACCAAGCGGCGAGAACCCUGGCUGUUUGGGGAAGAGUACACCCGGCGGAUCCGGGAAGCUAUCCGAGAGCGCUAUACCCUCCUGCCCUACCUGUAUUCUCUGUUCUACCGUGUGCACACGUCUUCUGAACCCGUCAUGAGGCCUCUGUGGGUCGAGUUCCCUAAUGACUUAGAGACUUUUGGUGUGGAUGAUGAAUACAUGCUGGGAAGUGCUGUCUUGGUUCAUCCAGUCACAGAACCACAGACCACCAUGGCCGAUGUAUUCCUGCCAGGGUCAACUGAGGUCUGGUAUGACUCUAAGACAUUUACACAGUGGAAAGGAGGGUGUACUGUGAAGAUUCCAGUAACCUUGGAUACUAUACCAGUGUUUCAACGAGGCGGAAGUGUGGUACCAAUAAAGACUAGUGUGGGAAAGUCCACAGGCUGGAUGACUGACUCCCCAUAUGGACUCCGGGUUGCUCUAAGUACUCAGGCUUCUGCAGAGGGAGAGCUGUAUCUUGAUGAUGGCCAUUCAUUCCAGUACCUCCACCAGGACCAGUUCUUACGCCGCAGGUUUUCCUUCUGUUCCGGCGUUCUGACCAACAGGUGUGCUGAUGAGAAAGGUCACUAUCCCAGCAAGUGCGUAGUGGAGCAGAUCUUGGUCUUGGGCUUUAGGGAGAAGCCAUCUUCUGUGACUACCCACUCAUCUGAUGGUAAAGUUCAGCCUGCAGCUUUUACAUACUACGACAGAACAUCCGCCCUGAGUCUGGAGAGACUUUGCCUGAGUGUUGUUGAUGACUGGGAGGUCCAUAUCAGAUGAUAAGCCGGUGCCCUGGUGAUGAGGGUGGGGGCCUCCUGACCGCCCACCCUUCUGUGAGAUCUGCGCCGCCAUCUAAUUUCUUCCCUGGAAAAAAUGACAUUUCGCUUCUCUCUGGUGUGCGAUGACCAGUAGAUUUCAGAUUUGAAGAUUUCAGGUGCAGUGACCCACUCCUGUAAUCACAGCACUCAGGAAGCUAAGGCAGAAGGAUCGUGAAUUCAAGACCAGCUUAAGCUCCAUCACAAGACCUUGUCUCAAAAAGUCAAAAAGAAGAUUUCAAAUUUUACAUCUGAAGAUGUAUUGUUGACACACUGUACACACAGUGCCUGUCCCACAGAUCCACAAAGCCCUGAGCCAUUGAUAGAGCUCGGUGAGCAGCCUGACCUGGAGCCACUCAGGAGGCCCAUUUGCAGGGCUUGCCUCGGGCUGUGCAGCACAGUCCCUCUGGCUGUUGCAACAGCAGAGUUGCCCAAACCAACCUCCAAAUAGAUGGCAGUGCCUGGUACUCUCAGGGUGCCUUCCCCCACAGCAGCGCAGGCCCAACGGUGCCCUCUCCUGCAGACACUGCAUGGGCCGGGCUUCGGAAAGCGCUCCCUAGAGAGUGAGUCAGGAGCACAAGGGUUUGUGUCCCUUUCUUAGACUUAGACUCCAAAGUACCAAGUCAAUCUUCAAGUUCAGAUUUACUCCUUUUAAUUAUAUUUUACUAACUACUCUCUACUAACCAAAGAAUAUUUAUAACACGAGUAAGCUAUAAUUAGUAAUAAUGAAAUAAAUAUCCAUGUCCCACAAGUGAAACUUCAAAAAUAGAGCACAGGCUUGGGACUCUAAUAACACAAGUAAGAGGCCCUUGUCUCAGACACAGUCAAUAAUCAAAAUAAGUAAUAUUUAAUACACUGUCUUUAAAAAUCAAAAUGAAUACAAAAAAAACUCCAGGCUAAGCAAAAGAUUUUCAAUAGAGACAGCUCAGUGUUACUGACUUCCUUCAGCACUGGAUUCCAGUAUGGCUUGGCACGGGCUUGAAUAUUGCAGCACAGCAGUUGCAUCACAAUGCCUCUGGCUCUGGGGACCCCAGGACUCCCUGCUGUCUGCUUCAGCAGCUAUUGGGGAGGCCUCAGUUCCGCAGCAUAUGGGCCUCUCACUACAUUUCUUCCACUUAGCUACCUGCCUUCCCUUUCCUUAACCACAGUACCCUCCCUUGCCUCCACCAACACACAUCUUACCACCCUUCCAGAGCCAAUCCAAAUCCUACUUUUCCAUGAAGACUUCUAACCUGUCACCCCAACCCCCCAGUGCCCACUGGCAGUGAUUUUACCCUUCUCUGAAAUGCUGCCCCACAAAUAAUUGUGCCCUACUUUGCAUUCUCAAGGAUGUGCCUUAGUACUAUAAGUAGGACUGUGUAUUUCCCUACUGGAGUGUAUGUUCCUUAAGAUCAUGUUAUGUUUCUCUCAUAUCUCAUAUAUUUCAAACUGUGGUAGUUUGAAUGAAAAAUGCCCCCCAUAGGCUCAUAUGUUUGAACACCUGGUCCCCCACUGGUGGCACUGUUUGGGGAGGUUGUGGAACUUUGAGGAGGUACAUCCUUACUAGAAGAAGUGUGUCACUGAGGGUGGGCUUUGAUCAGCUAUAGCCUCAUUCUAGGUCCUGUUUGCUUGUUCUGCUUCCUGUGUGCAGUUGAGUUGUGAGCUUUAUCUCAGCCACCUGCUCCAGCACCUGCUGCCAAUGCCUCCUUUGCUGUUAUGGACUCUCCCUAUGGGAUGUAAGCCAAAAUAAACUCUUCUAUAAGUUG